ACGUGCUAGUGGUGGUGGAAGGCGUGAGGCGGCAGUGCUUCAUAAAACUUUAACGAGAUAGCUUAUAAGUGUUUCGAAGCCUCAGUUUUGACCAAUUGAAGGACUGGUGGUGGUGGUGGUGGUGGUGGUAGUGGUGGUGGUGGUGUGCGUAGAACGAGAGAAAUUUCAAGCGUAUCUAGAACAGUGCUUGAUUAAAACGACCGUGUUAUGUUUAUUCAUUUAUUUCAACACGCAGUCAGUGAACGAAACGAAACGAAAAAAAAAAGGAUGAAUAAAUAGGUGUGGUGAAGUGAAUGGUGAUGAAGGGGAAGUGAGACAAUGAUAUUCUUAACAGGGCGGAAGUGAGAGUGAGUGGUGAGCGGUGAGGGGAAGUGUGAGGCAGUGGACAGUGACGGAUGGUGAAGGUGGUUGAUAGUGACUGGAAACAUAUAAACACAACACUUAUAAAAGAAAGAAAGAAAGAAAAAAAAAAUAGUGAAAAUGAAGAAAAUAAAGAAACACUGACGAAGCAAAGAAAACAGGAAAAGUACGGUGUUCCAAGAUGGUUGACUUCAUCCUCAACCUAAAUCAAGAAAUAGGACUUCACCUUCCGCCAUCUUACGACACCCAAUCACAGAGGCGCAAGCGAUGGUGACGUAGGCAUCACGUGACAAUGGCUGUGACGUCACUUCCGCAGGGCAAUGUUACUCUUCUCCACGCUUCUCUUUCUCUCCAUGGAGAGUUUAACAUCACGGCCUCUCCAACACCCAUGAGUAAUGAGACCUACCAGCGGUACCUGCGUGAACUGGAUCUUAAGAAAUUCUACUCGACGUAUGAUGUGUGGACGGGAAUACGCACGGCCGUCACCCUCGCCCUCUUCUUCGUCUUCACCGUCACCGUCAUUCUGUACAAGAGUAAAUGCAAGCCGCGCCGCAAGUAUGAGUUGUACCCGAGCCUGGAGGAUAUGCCCGGCCGGCCCCUCGACUACUGCGACUACUGGUGUUCGAGCCCCGGCAGUCACGAGACGGGCCAGAAAUCCAGCCAGGUGGAUUCCUUGGGAGAAUGCUACAACCAGGGCAGAGUCAAGACGGGGUCGGCGCCCCUGCCCACGCAGCGCUCUGUCGGCUCCUACUCCAGCCUCAACAACUCCUUCAGGGUGAAGAGUCUGCCCGGCAGCGUCAUGAGGAUCAACUGCUCCCGCAACUCUUCCUUCGAGAGGGAUGACUCCCAGGCCACGGCCCACUCGGUGCGGUCUGAGUUCCUGUCGGUGCCGGGGGUCAGGCUACAAUCGACAGGGUCGAGCAGCGACGGCUACAGCGCCGGGUCGUCGUUGCACGACUUGAGCGGCGAGAUGACGCCCAUGGCGUUGCUGGGCGUGCCGGGGCUGGGGCCGCGGGGCAACAAGCCGCUGCUGCAGCUGGGCGGCAUGGACUGGGACAGUGACCACGCCACCGCUGAGUGGGUGCAGACCAUCGACAUCAACGUGAUCCAGCCCACGCCCAACAUCUCACCCUGCGGCUCCGUGCGCAGCGUGUCCGAUAACUCGGAGCUGUCGCGGUUGCCGCUGCCGGGGCGCGGCCGCGCCACCUCCCAGCUGUCUCUGGACUCUCCGGACUUGGACAGCCGGUCCAUCGGGUCAGAUUCUGUGUUCCUUGAAGAGUCCGGAGGCGAAAUGUUCAGCAGCCGCUCGGAGAGCAUGGACAGCGGCAGCCCCUCCCUGCUGGCCACGCCCCGCCAGGUGCUCACCCCUUCCCCACGCAGUGCGCGCCACAAGAUUCAGUCCUUCCGCCUCGGCAUCAACACAUCUUCCCUGCCGCUGCCGACCUCCCCCACGCCCAUACCUUUGCGCGCCGUAGUGUCCGACGCUGCCGCGAGGCCCCGAGACCAGCGUAGUCGCCAGAAGUUACUGCAGCGGCAACGAGUGCAUGAGGAGCCCCUGGGAGGACUGGAGGUCGCGCCUAAACGGGGAGCGUCUCCUAUGAGCUCCUUGGCCGUACCCACCCUAGGUAGUCAUCUGCGGGCCUCGUGCGAACGUCUGGCAGCCCAUGCGGCACUGCAGAAAGACCGUGAUCACGCCAGCAGCAGGAGCUCCAGCCUGCUGGUGCCCUCGGUGUCAGGCAGCACCGAGGAGGAGCCAAUGUGUGCCGUGUUCACCGUGCCCUCGCUUCGCCGCUGCAACUCGGCCACGACGCCCGAGCAGCAGCUGGAAGCCGAAGGGUGGCGAGGGACUGAGGGCGAGCAGAAUCCGCUGAUGCGCCGUGCAGACAGCGAGCAGAACCCAGUGAUGCGCCGCGCAGACAGCGCCAACAGCAGGCCGCGAGUGUCCAGCGAGUCCUCGAGUGGCUCCGACGACGCCAGUGAGUCCGUGUCUUUCCACCUGAUGGUGCCGGCACUCAGCCUGGACCAGCCCAGCGCCGACACCAGCCGCGCUUCCUCCCCGGCCCUCUCCCCAGACAGCUCCCCAAACACUACCCCUCCCCCGUCACGACGCACGCCUGUCACGCCCACCUCAUCUGCCUCGCAGUCCCCGCGGCACCUGCAGUCCCCGUUCUCCACCUCCUCCACUCCCUCGCCCACACGGGGCAGGGGCGCCCGCAACAACUAUCUGACAGUCGGGCGUGCCAACGGGCUGCAUCCAGGGGGCGUGGGUGCCCGGCGCGGUGGCGUGGCGGGACGCGGCAAUGGGCGGCGCGUGCUGCGGCGGCAGUACAGCCAGUGCAUGCCGCCCAGCCCCACCCUGCGGGACGUGCCCUCUCCGCCAGGCUCGCUGCCCACCUACGCCGAGGAGGUGGACCUGGAGGGUGAGUGGACCUUCCCGCCUGCGCCGCCACCCUCGCCCUUCAAGGCGGGCCAGGCAUUAUACUUCCGUCAGGACUCCAGCUCCCCCUCACCCCUGCCGAGCUCCACACACCUCUCCCGCCAGGACUCAAGCCCCACCUCGCCGCGCUCCGCCGGCUACCACCUGCUGUGCCAGGACUCCACGCCCUCCUCCCCGCAGCUGCACCGCCAGGACUCCUCCCCCACCCUCUUCGCAGACAAGCCCCCAUUCAGCCGCGAGGGCUCCUCCCCUACCCCGCCCUGCUGCACCAGGUCAUCCCUCACCCGGGAAGACUCCUCGCCCCCCUCCUCCUCCUUCCCCUCCGAGAUGAGGGAUGACUCGCGCCACCCCUCCUCCUCCUCCACCGGCUCCUCCUCCUCGGUGAUGGAGACUCCCUGCUAACGUUCGCCAAUCGUGACUAGGACUCGGAAAUGUAGUGACUCUUAGCUCAACCACAGGACUCGCUUGCGUCCGCCACACCCCCCAGGGCGCCAAGCUGCUCGUGCCACAGUGUCCUACGCCACAUGUCCUACGCGCCAUAGACACACCGUUUACUUGAUGUAUUAACUGUGCUAGAUGUGUUGUAUCGAUCAGUCUAUAUAAAGCAAACCAAACGCUAAGUAUAUAAUAUCGUUCGUUCAUCUCCGUAAGGCAAAUACUACAUAGGGUAGUAUAUCUAUUUUUUCUUAGUCCGCCUCUAAAAUAUUUGAGUUUUCUAUGUUACGUUUUCUUCCAAAUAUAUUCGGUGGUAUAACUCAAUCAAACGGACCCGGAGGAGAAGGAGGAGGAAGAGGAGAGCAGCAGGAGGAUAUAAGUGACUCUUACGUACACUUGAGUUGUCUCGUAAGUAGCGUACACGGUUCUCACUUUGUUUCCUCACACACAGUCACACCACAGGCCUUGGACUAACGUGUUAUGACAAACCUGUGACGCUCGCUCCCCGCCCGCCACCCUGCUCAUGUCACACACUCAUUCCUCCCUACCCUUCUCCCAGCGCCCACGCCUCUCCCUACGAGCUCUCCCAACACUGACACCCACUCAUGUUCCCUCCCACGCCCCUUCCAACGUCUAAAUCCUGUCACAUACCCCCAACGCAUCCACCGUCUCUCCCACCGCCCACAUCUUCCCAUGGUCUCAACACCCACGCCCUCCCACGUAUAUCCCACGUCACCGGAGGUCUGCCGCUGCCUUUCAACUCAUGCCCUUACGAAUGCUUCCUGACCAGUGUCCUUCCCGGCGCCACCCACGGCUGCCUGAAGGAGACCCAAGCGAUCCCGUGAGUGAGGUGAGGUCAAGAUGGGCCACUGGUUCACCGGGACGCCGCACUCCUGGUGAAGGCAAGUGGUGUACCCAUCGCACACUCCUUUCUGUACCGCGCUCUCCUGAUUCCUGACUCAUAAAGUUGGGUUCAAGUGUUUUUUUGGGAUAAUUGGUGGUGGUGAUGGUGGUGAUGAUAAUAAUGAAGAUGGUGGUGAUGGUGAUGGUUGUGAUGAUGGAUAUUUUGGUGAUGCUGAGCGUUAUAUGGAAGGCAUUCGCAUUAUUGUCUUUAUCACGUGACAGUUAAUGAAAAAAAGGUAGAAUAAAGUGAAGAAAACUGAGAAAGAUAAGGUAGAUAAAUUUGAGAGUCGAUUCUUAAACAAUUAAGUAGAAAAUAAGAAAGAAAGAAAGAAAAUCAGGUCGAUGAAUAAUCAAAUUCUCAACUUGCUCAAAGGAAAAAAGCAAAACAUGAAAAGAAAAGAAAACAAAUGAAUAAUGAACUCUAAAAUUUGCUCAAACACCGACCAAACCUCAUCUUUUCCCUCCCCCCUUCCUCUGCUCCCCUCCCUCCCUCCCUCCCUCCCUCCACGGGAUCGCAAAUAAAAUAAAAAAUAAGUAAAUAAAUAAUAAUAAUAAUAAUGAUAAUGAUUCCCCCAAGAUACGAUAUACCUACGAGAACAAAAAGUCAUGUUGCUAUUUCCUAACUGUGUCUUCUACGUCAAGGUAAGAUUCAUAAAUUAAAAAAUAUAAUAAAAAAAAAGUUACCAGGAAAUCAAAAUCCGAGGAGAGGAGGCCUAACUUUUUUUUUUUUUUUGGCUCUCCCUCCUAGGCCGCCAAGAUUUGUUUUUAUUAAUGAAGUGUUGGUUAUAACAGACUCCGAAGAAAAUCAUUGCACUUGUGAAAAUAAUAGUAAUGAAUUCCGUUAACGUUCUGAAAGGUAAGAAAUGAACCAGAAAAUACUUGAACUGCUGAUAAAUAUAUAUGUGUUAUAAAAGUAUAAAUAUAUAUAUAUUAUAAUAAAGACAGUAUGUUGUUUGUUAAUUGACAGAGUUUAAAGUUAGACUGCAUACACUUUACGUUCUUGGAAAUAGUGAGGAGUGAACGUUUCCCGAGCGACUGAACAUUUGCUGGUGACGAAUGAUUGGCUGCGCGACGGUCAUGUGACGCAGGGAAGGCCCGUGAUUAGCAGUGACGCAGUGGUGACGUCAUCCAGCUCGGCCAAUAGGAUGCGUGCGUGAGUCAUUACAGAAGGAAGAGGAUUUAUAUUUGUUUAUAAACUUUAUAAAGGAGGUGAAAAAAUACAUA